GAAGCCAGAGAUUGCUUGCUGACUUUUGGUUGUUAUGGUGAUCCAUAAGAGUUCAUAGGAGUUCUAGAGUCUCAAUUUGCCUAAGAUGAGCACAACAACAUCCAGUAAAGAGCCUGAGGUGAAUACCUUCAUCAGCUCUGCAGCAGUCAUCAAGUUUUCAGGUGGCUCCGUUGGCACAGAGGAAUGGACAGACUCUGAAGAUGAGGGUGACGCACCGGAUUCCAGGACGUCUGACCCUCAAAAACCCAUCCUACACAAUAAGAACAAGACUGACGCUCCAUCGGAAAACACCCUGGACAGCAUGGAGAGGGACUACAGAGAAAGGACUAAAGAGGGCAGUGUUCAUAGAGAUGUUAUUGCAAAUGGAAAUGUGAAUCAUAAAACUUCAGGAAACCUGAUCCAGCCAAGGGUAUCGAAUUUUCAAACGAACACAGAUAGAGUUAUAACGAAAGCGGACAGUGAUUCAAACUCGACAUUUUGGUUGCAGCAGGGGAAAACAGCAGAUCUUCAAAGUGAAACUUCCAAAAAGAGAAUGGAAGACAAUUUAUUACCAGAAUCGCCGUUUCCUGAGGUGGAGGUAGUUUCUAGGAGACAUGCGAGUUAUGAUGAGUCCCAGAAUCCAUUUUCAGAUGUGCCUUGUGAUGGUGAAGAGAUACAGAUUCAGAACGAUCAUCAAAAUAUUGGUUCCAGGAAUCAUAGCUUUGAUGAGAGGCAUGACCAUUCCUACUCCUAUGACGCAGAUUUGGAUAUCAGCUUGCCUUCAGAAGACCAAGAUCUAGCUGAAAUCACAAAUGAAGACCUAGGAGUGGGACUCACUGAAAAUCACUUCUCUCAGCCAGAGGGUAUUUUUGGUUUCUCCCGCACAGAGGAGCUAGAAUUAGCAAUAGAGGAAUGUAAGGAGUCAGUGAAGGCGUCCCCAGAACACUCCGAGAACAGACGAAAGAUGGUAGCAAAACUAGUACAACUCAGACUUAAACUACUCCAAAUCAAAGAAGGGGAUGAGGAAGAGGAGAAGGAGGAUGUGAAAGUUGUUCUUGGUCAUCGUUUUUAUCGGAUGCACGGAAAGAGUCUUAACGACCACUGUGAGGUCUGUCUGUCGGUCAUCUGGGCUCUUCUCCAGACGUGGUACAAGUGUAGUGAAUGUAAUUUUGGUUGCCAUGGCAAGUGCCUUAACUUAGUUAAAAGAAAGUGUGUGAGUGCAAAGGUUUCACGGUUGUGUUUUGAUCUCAAUAUUUGUCCGGAGAAAGGUCUAUCGCCUCAAAACUAUAGGUGUGCAGAAUGCAGGGCGCCUCUUGCCUUCAGUGGAACACAGUCAGAGCCUAGGCUGUGUGAUUACAGUGGUCUGUAUUAUUGUAGCUUGUGCCAUUGGAAUGACCUGGAAGUAAUACCAGCAAGGGUCAUUCAUAACUGGGACUUUGAACCAAGAAAAGUAUGUCGGCAAUCUAAACAGCUUCUCAAACUGAUGUGCAGCAAGGCUGUCCUCAGAAUUCAAGACCUGAAUCCUUUACUCUUCAACUACGUGGAGGAACUUAGCCAGAUCAAGAAACUGAGGGAGGAGAUUCUGAUCAUGAAGGUUUAUUUUCUUUCUUGCCGAAGAGCGUUGGAACAAAAACUACUCAAACAACUCCAGAUCAGACCUCACUUUGUUGAGAACAGUGAUACCUAUUCCCUCCAAGAUCUUAUAGAUACAGAAGAAGGCAAUCUGCUCGCCGAGCUUGCAACAAUACAUGGAGACUAUGCAGUUCACAUACGAGUUGACUGCCCGAUAUGUCAAGGCAAGGGUUUUAUAUGUGAGAUAUGCAAUUCCGAUGAGAUUCUCUUUCCGUUUGAUAUGAUAGCUACGUUGUGCGCCAACUGCUCAGCUGUCUACCACAGGGACUGUUUCUACAAGCGGUCAGGUGAUUGUCCAAGAUGUGCCAGGCUCUCCCAACGAGCGUCCAUCGACCGGCCGGCCUCAAGCCCUUCAAGACCCAUCAGUAAAUGACCAAGAUAGAUGACCAUAGAUGACCAUUCAUGAGAACAGGACUUAGACAAGUCCUAAUGAUAUCUUUCAAAGAUCUUGUCUGCAACAAGCGAUCUUUCAGAAUUCUUUCCAUGGACUUUUCCUUGUCUUUCAAUGAUCUUUUAAUGAUCUUUCAUUGAUCUCUCAUGAGUCUAACAGUGAUGCCGUAAAAAUCUUGAGAGGAAAUGUACUAAUAAGAACUUUGAAAGUUCGUCAAAAGACUGCUAAAAAAACACCAAAAGGCCAUUUUUUGAAAGACCACUGAAAGACUGUUUUGAACCGUUUCAAAAAGUUUUGGGACUCACGAGGACCAUGAAGACCAUUGAAAGAUCCAUCAGGAAACAUGAAAGACCUCAGAGAUCUUUGAGAAUUCGUUGAAGGACCCUUGAAAGAUCAAGCAAGUUUCAUGGUCUUACAGCAGUCUGUCAGAGGUCUUGCUCUCUGUGGAAUGAGUUUAUUUGCAUUAAAAUAAAACUCAAGCAUGUACAAUACUGGUUAUAAUAUUGCAUCGUAAAUAAGAAAGUUAUGACAGUUUGAAAAUUUUGCUUAUUUCUAUGAUAUUCAAAUGAGAGAGCUGAUGAUGGCACAGUUUCAUUACAUUUUGUAUUUCCUAGAAUUUCUCUAUUUUCUUUUUUUUUCAGAUUUGAUAAUAAGAAACCUCUUCUUGAUUGAAUCACAUUAGGUAACAACAAAGGAUAUUCCGUAGUACAUGUUCAGGGAGGAGUCAAUCUGUGUUUCACAUUAUAAUGAGGUAUUUCUUAUUAGUGAAUCUGUGACACCAUCGGCUCUCUCAUUGGCAUAUCAUCCUGUUGUGCACGUAACUUUUUUGUUGAAAUAAGCAAAAAAAAUUAAAUGUCAUUCCUUCUAAUUUUUAAUCUGAUAUUUGUGAACGUUUUAGCAUUGUGCUUGUUUGAUUUCUCCCUUUUUUAUCCUAAUCAACAUUUUGAGGUCGUCUUCCCCUUUAAUGCAUUGCAGGUAUUUGAUUUUCCUGUCAAAAUCAUUUUACAUUUUUUGCUGCAAAGGUUUAUUGAGAGUGAAGCACGAAGUCAUUCAGAUUGGUCGAGUUCAAUUGGAUUUUCAAUAAUAUUUAUUUGGAUAUUUGUUCUCAUUAAUUUCUCGAUAUGACUCUUUACCAUAUAUUAAUAGAGUGCAAAGUUGUAAUGUAAGAAGCUUCCCUUUUCCCCGUAUCAUGAAUAUACCUAUUGUUAGCCUCGAGAGAUAUGGAUACUUUUGAAGGGUUUAGUUGGAUACAGUUAUUUUAAACAGAUUGAAGAACAUCAAUGGAGAUUGUUUGUCGUUGUAUUUCAGCAAAUGGUAAUACUUUCAAUUUAAUCUGAAUAACAUUGAUUAGAAGUACAAUGGUGAUUGUGUACCUCUGAACAUGAGUUUUUACCAAAGCAAUUCUUAUAGAAAUCUUUUCUCCCUCAUACAUUGAAAAUUAGUUAAUUUCAUUUUGAUAUUCUUAAAUUGAGAAAUGAUAGUGAAAGGAGGGGCCUAUGUACUAGAAGUGGAAUCAUCCAUGAAGUGAUGUGAGAGGUGAAGACAUUCAUGGAAAUGGUAUUAUAUAUUGUGAUUUUUCAUGCGGUGUGUAUGGUUAAUGGUAGAAAUGAAGAAUCUACUUUUGUUAUACUGUUUGUAAAUAAAAACAAAUAUUCAAUUCAGGCAA